AUGAAGCUGGGGCGGGCUGCGCUGGGCCUGCUGCUGCUGGCGCCGUUGGCGGUGCGGGCGGUGGAGCCCAUCAGCCUGGGACUGGCCCUGGCCGGCGUCCUCACCGGUUACAUCUCCUACCCGCGCCUCUACUGCCUGUUCGCCGAGUGCUGCAGCCCGAAGCGUAGCCUCAGCCGGGAAGCGCUGCAGAAGGAUCUCGACAGCAAGCUCUUUGGACAGCAUCUUGCAAAGAAAGUCAUCUUAAAUGCUGUGUUUGGCUUCAUCAGCAACCCGAAGCCCAAGAAACCUCUCACCCUCUCCCUGCACGGGUGGACAGGCACUGGCAAAAAUUUUGUCAGCAAGAUCAUCGCGGAGAAUAUCUACAAGGGUGGUCUGAACAGUGACUAUGUCCAUCUGUUUGUGGCCACGCUGCACUUCCCACACAUCUCAAAUAUCACCCUGUAUAAGGAUCAGUUACAGUCGUGGAUUCGCGGCAACGUGAGUGCCUGUGCGAGGUCCAUCUUCAUAUUUGACGAAAUGGACAAGAUGCACUCUGGCCUCAUAGACGCCAUCAAGCCUUACCUAGACUAUUACGACAACCUGGAUGGGGUCUCCUAUCAGAAAGCCAUCUUCAUAUUUCUCAGCAAUGCUGGAGCAGAAAGGAUCACAGACGUGGCUUUAGAUUUCUGGAGAAGUGGAAAGCAGAGGGAAGAAAUCGAGCUCAAAGACAUGGAACAUGCUUUGUCUGUGUCGGCCUUCAAUAACAAGAACAGUGGCUUCUGGCACAGCAGCUUAAUUGACCGAAACCUCAUUGACUAUUUCGUUCCCUUCCUCCCGCUGGAAUAUAAACACCUGAAGAUGUGCAUCAGAGUCGAAAUGCAGUCCCGAGGCUACAAGGUGGACGAGGACAUUGUGAGCAGGGUGGCCGAGGAAAUGACAUUUUUCCCCAAAGAGGAGAGAGUUUUCUCCGACAAAGGCUGCAAAACCGUGUUCACUAAGUUAGAUUACUACUACGAUGACUGA